GCCGGGGGCCUCCGAUGUUUAUUUAGCAGGCUGCUGGCUCGGCCACCGGCCUCCUGGAGAGCCGGCUUGGCCCUCUCGCUCGCAGAGGAACCAUGUACCGCCGCAGCUACGUCUUCCAGGCCCGCCAGGAGCAGUAUGAGCGCGCCGACGAGGCGCCGCGCGCCACUGAGCCCGAGCGCCCGGCCGAGAUCGGGGCGCCGAGCCUGGCGGCGCUGCAAGGGCUGGGCGAGCGCGUGGCCGCUCACAUCCAACGGGCCCGCGCCCUCGAGCAGCGCCAUGCCGGCCUCCGGCGGCAGCUGGACACCUUCCAGCGCCUGGGCGAGCUGACCGGCCCGGAGGACGCCCUCGCCCGCUACGUCGAGGGUAAUCGCCAGCGCUCCCGGGACCUGGCGGCCGAGCGCUCUCGGCUGGAGCGCCAGGGCGCAGAGGCUCAGCGCGCGCUCGACGAGUUCCGGAGCAAGUAUGAAAAUGAGUGUGAAUGUCAACUGGUGCUAAAAGAAAUGCUUGAACGGCUUAACAAGGAAGCUGACGAAGCCCUGUUACAUAACCUACGCCUUCAGCUUGAAGCUCAGUUUCUGCAGGACGAUGUCACUGCAGCCAAGGACAGAUACAAAAAGAAUCUUCUGGAAAUUCAGACCUAUAUUAGCAUCUUGCAGCAGAUCAUCCAGACCGCUCCCCAGGCCUCCACCGUCACCAGUGGGAUGAGGGAGGAGAAGCUCCUGACUGAACGGGAAGUGGCCGCCCUGCAGAGUCAGCUGGAGGAGGGCCAGGAGGCGCUCUCCCACCUGCAGGCACAGAAGACAGAGCUGCAGGCCCAGACAACGACCCUGGAACAAGCUAUUAAAAACGCCCACGAGUGUUAUGAUGACGAGAUUCAGCUUUACAACGAGCAGAUCGAAAGCCUGAGGAAGGAGAUCGAAGAGGCUGAGCGGACACUGGAGAGGUCUUCCUAUGACUGCCGGCAGCUGGCCGUGGCCCAGCAAACUCUGAGGAAUGAGCUGGAUCGGUAUCAUCGGAUCAUUGAGAUCGAAGGCAACAGGCUGAGCUCCGCCUUCAUUGAGACUCCCAUAACCAUGUUCACCCCGAGUCAUGGCUCCUCUCUUAGCCUUGGAUCUGGCGGGAAAGAUCUUACUAGGGCUCUGCAGGAUAUAACAGCAGCAAAACCCAGACAAAAAGGCCUCCCUAAGAACAUUCCAAGGAGAAAGGAGAUUAUAGCUCAAGAUAAAGCAGAUGAAACUCUGGAAGACCCACCAUUAAAACGUGUGGGAGAUACAAAACCAGUGCAGGUGGUACUUAAAGAGGAAGAUGAACUUAAGCUUGAAUCAGGGGGUGGAGAAGCAAGUCUCCUAACACAACAAGGGGACCCAGAGGAUGUGCCAGAUGGAGGACAGAUCAGCAAAGCCUUUGGGAAACUAUGCAAGAUGAUCAAGGAUAAAGUGAAGGGCACCAAAGAGCCUGUGCCCGAGCCCCCUGCUGACCUCAACACCAAAGGGCGGCACGUGAUGGUCACAGGGGAUGCCAAUUAUAUGGACCCUGAGUUCUAUUCCCCCUCCAUCCCAGCCAAGGGUGGAGUAGUGAUUUCCACCGAAGAAGACUCUACUCAUCCUGACAUCGAAGGGGAGCCCACUCUUACUCCUGAGCAGCCCACGCCACCUUUGGAGGAUGGACAGGAGGGUCCCCAGGAGAAAGAAGAUGAACACCCAGCUGAAGAGGAGACUACAGACAAGGAGAGUGGGACAGAUUCCAAAGAUGUGAAGAGUCCUGAGGAGAAAGACGAUGACCAGAAGGAAGAGGAGAAGUCCAAGAAACCCUGUCCUGAGACAAUACCUGGUUCCGAGAGACCAUCCACACCCCAGUCUCAAAGGGCUGGGGCCCAUGAAGGUAGACCAGGGGGUCCUGGGAGUAAGAGCGGCAGCCUGCUGGAUAAAAGCCCCCCCAGGGCAUUGACUUUCAAGAAGGUGGAAGUGGUAGAAUCCAUUGAGAAGAUUUCAACAGAGAGCAUUCAGACAUAUGAAGAAACGGCUGUGAUUGUGGAGACGGUGAUUGGGAAGACAAAGGCAAACAAGAAAUCGGGAGAGAAGGGCUCCUAAAAUGCCCAGGCUCAAUGGGAGAAAAUGUUCUCGGGGCCACCGUAGGGAAAAAGCUUUGAUAUUUUAGAACAAAUGAUAAAAGAGUGAGGGUUCCUGUUUGAAUUAGAUCAUGGUGGACCCAUCUGGCAUGUCAAUGAACCGUCAUUAAAAUGUUUUUUUUUUGCUUGCAUCA